AUGGCGACCCUGGCGACAUCGCCGCCAACAUCUCCAACCUGGCCCAAACGCCGCCCGCGGGCGUGGGCCCUCCGAUGCGAACGAUACUGCUGCGCCGCGGCAACCUAUUUUCCUCUGGCAUUUGUGUACAGUUUGACGACGUGGGCGGUCUACGUCGAAGCGAGUAUUGGUUUGAAGCCGUCGCGAAGCCCGUGGAUCGGGUUGCCGACCUCGAUAUUAGGAGUCCUUCUCUACAUAUGCCUUAAUGCCUCGUACACGGUGGCGGUUUUUACGGAUCCCGGGUCGCCGCUGACGACUGGGGCUGGGAGACAUCAAUACAGUGCGCUGCCGGUCACCGAGUUGCCCGAGUAUACGGCGUUUACUGUGAGCUCGACCGGGGGAUCGCGGUAUUGCAAGAAAUGUCAGUGUCCGAAGCCGGACCGGGCGCACCACUGCUCGACGUGUAAGCGGUGCGUGCUGAAGAUGGACCAUCACUGUCCGUGGCUUGCGACUUGUGUGGGGUUGUACAAUUAUAAGGCGUUUCUGCUGUUUUUGGUCUAUACGUCGCUGUUCUGCUGGGUGGAUUUUGCGGUGUCAGCGAUGUGGAUCUGGACGGAGGUGUUCAACGAUGCUCCGUAUCUGGACACGAUGCUGCCGGUGAAUGUGGUGCUGCUGGCUAUUUUGGGCGGGAUUAUUGGACUGGUGCUGACGGGGUUCACGGCAUGGCAUAUCAGUCUUGCGGUCCGGGGCAUGACGACGAUCGAAUGUUUGGAGAAGACGCGGUAUGUGUCACCAUUGCGGAAAGCGCUGGAUCGUCACCGCUACGAGCACAUACUGGGGAAUCACAGGGACGGUAACGGGGACGGCCAGGCUGCGGACAGCUUUGGCCAUCGGUUGCAGGACUACGGGCAGCAGAUUCUCGACGCGCAUGCUAAUGCGAUUCCCGGAGUUACUCGGGCCGAGGAAGGGGAGGAACGGCUCUCUCCGGCGUCAGCACAGCCCGCUGGACAUGGGGUGUCUGAUGAUCAACUCACGCCCGCGCAACAGGCUCUGACACAAUCGUAUGCGGAACUGGAAAGGCAGAGGGAGCAUGACAGGUACCAGGAUUACCUGAACGAAGAGGAUAACGGAAAGCUACCGCACGCGUUUGAUCUUGGGUGGCGCAAGAAUCUCUUGCAUUUGUUCGGCAACCGGCCCCUACUCUGGCUCGUCCCUGUGUGCACAACCACCGGCGAUGGUUGGCGCUGGGAGCCGAGCCGGAAAUUCCUUGAAGCGCAGGAAGGACUACGUCUAAAGCGAGAACAGGACAUGGCCAACCAACAGCAUUACUACCGUGACCUGUACUCACGUAACACGAACAACAGCCGAGCCUGGCUAGGGCCGGACGCUGCAGCCCCGACAUGGAAUCCGAAUCAGCCGAUAGACAGCUUCCGAAACCCGGAGCGGCCAGCUACGGGUGUGUCGAUGCAGACUUUGGCACCCAUGUCCCCGCGACCACGCCCGGGUGAUAGUGAUUUUGAAGAUGAUAUCAGCGAGACUGAUCCUUUGAACCAGCAAUCUGUCCCUACAAACGGGGCUGUAAACCGAUUGCAAAAGCCGAACGAGGCAAACAGCGCGACCACUAACCGACGAGAGGAGUCGAGCGAGUGGCGGGACUGGGAUUGA